AUGCAAGAUACUGUAUUUCGUGUUGUCGGCUACAUCGCCAAGGUUUGGCAGACCAUGUACAUUGAAAAGACUGCCCGUCAGAUGACCUUGCAGACCACCAGAGCUUUUACCAGGGUCGUCAAGUAUACCGCCAAAAGGCCAUCCAAUGACUUGGAGGGUCGCAUGAGAAGCGAUCACUUGAGCAGAGCGGAGAAGCAAGCAAUCAGAUCUGCAUACUGCCGUUAG